UCUCUCUCUCUCUCUCUCUCUCUCUCUCUCUCUCUCUCAAUGAGUUGAGACUGGCGAGAGUUUUAACAGACAAAUACCAACUACUAGAGAAUAGAGAGAUUACACAGAACAGAAGAAAAAAUAAGAGGAGCAACAAAUGGGCAAGUACAUGAGGAAGUCCAAGUCCGCAGGGGAAAUGGCAGUCAUGGAGGUUUCACACCCACACCCACAGUCACAAGCCUCUCUCGGAGUUUGCACCCGAGCCAAAACCCUAGCUCUCCAGAGGUCGUCGGCUUCACCUGUCACCUCCGGCUCCUAUCUCCAGCUCCGGAGCCGCCGCCUCGAGAAGCCUCCGAUUCUCCUGCCCAAACGGCUCGAGCCCAAGAGGCAGAAACCCAAGGCUAGUUCUAAUUCUAGGGCGACUUCGAGGCUUGGAGUCCAUGGUUCGGUGGCCAAGGCUCAGGGCCAGAAGGCUGAGGAGGCUGACGAAAUGGCGCCGAAAGAGGAAGAGGGUCAAGAAAAGAAUGAGCACAAUAACACCAACAACAAAGAUAAUGGCGAUUUGGGUGUCGAAGAAGCUUCCUUUGGAGAGAAUGUGCUCGAGCUUGAAGGUAGAGAGAGGACCACAAGGGAGUCAACGCCUUGUAGCUUGAUAAGGGAUCCAGACACCAUCAGAACCCCUGGUUCUACUACCAAGCCUACUAAUUCAGCUGAAGCAAAUCGGAGAAUACAGAGCUCAUCGCAGAGGCACAUACCAACAGCACAUGAUAUGGAUGAGUUCUUCGCUGGUGCUGAAGGAGAGCAGCAAAGACAAUUCAUUGCGAAAUACAACUUUGACCCUGUGAAUGAUAAACCGCUCCCGGGACGUUAUGAAUGGGAGAAAGUGGAUCCUUAGAAGAUAUAAUUAGCAUUGCUUCAGGAGUUCCUUUCCUGCACAUUCUUGGUUGAUCUUGGGCUUAGGAAACUUAAACUAGCAGGGUUUAGUUUUUAGUAGUUGAGGUGAUGGUUGUUAUUUCUAUUUUCCAUCACCCUUCUUUUACUUGUAAAGAAGUAGUGACUGGCAAAGAUGUGUAGACUAAUGGUCUGUAACAUAACAGAUGUUAUGAGUACACAACAAAUACAAAU